AAGCUAAUACAUAAACUCUCCAGGCACAUGCAGGUCCCUGGCACUUCACAGCUUAUUCCUUCCACACCUGGACAUUAUACAUGCGACGUCUCGAUCGGGAUAAACUGAUUGAGUGUCUUUCUGCUGGGGGACGAAAGGGGGGAGGGAUUGUUUCUGAUCAAAUGAUCUUAAAGCUGGCAUUGGAUGGACAAUCUAAUUACAGCUCAGACUGACAGCUCCGGGGGAAGUGCUGGAGGAAGUAGCAGAGGGGAUCUGUCCCUGAGUGCAGGAGGGUCAGGUGAGACAGCUGCAUCAGGAGGCUCUGGCGGCACAAGCAGCUCAGUUCUGAUCACAUCCAGCAGCUCCGGUGGCUCUGGAGGCUCCGGAGCCAGCAAGGGCACCGGAGGCAUCAGCAUCACUUCUCUAGGAGCUUCCUCUGCCAUAUCCUCAGGGGGCGGGGGUUCAGCAGCCUCAGGGGGUUCAGGGGCUGGGGCAGGGUUAAAGGCUGCUAAAGGCAAAAGGGAAGGGGGUCUAGGUGCUGUGACAGUCUCAACAGUGACAAAGACCGGUUACGGUUCAGAAGGAUCUGGGGAGGCAAAGAGAGGCUCGUCCUCAGCGGUCACUUACUCACCUGUUCCAAAGGAGAGGAAGAAUAUGACCACCAUGGCAACAGCUCUCUCAGAUGUCUUUGACGAGAGUUCAAGCACAAACUCCUCUCCAGAGUACAACAGGAAGGAGUACGGUAUUUCAAGUUCUGUCUCCAGAGGGAGAACUCAGAGCAGAGAGAGUCAGAUCAGAGCCAGGCUUCAGAGUGCCUCUCCUCCCGCAAGCUGGACGGAGCUGGACGACGUGAAGCGUCUGCUGAGAGGAAACAACUCCCCCAGCACCAGCCCCACUCAGUCCCCCAACAACACGCUGCCCAUCCCCAAGAAGGCCAGUAUGGAAACUAGGACCAUGUCUGAGAGCUCAACUGCAGACCACUAUGGCAGCAUUUGGUCUGGAGGUGUGAGCAGUGGCUACAGUUACAACACCAACCCCAACAACCUGUCCACGACCUCCAUCCUUUACCCGUCAGGAGCUCAGAACAAUCUGACACUGGGCUCUCCCUCCAUGAGCAGUCUGUCUGUCAGCAGCACUGUUCCUGUGUAUGGUGUUCAGAAUAACCUGGUCAGUACCACCCCCACUGUCCUCUCUCCCACUGGGACCAACGCACAGAUAGUUUAUGGUGUGCAGAAAAAUGCAACUAGCACUGCAAUCAGUCCAAUCACAGUGAGACCCAGCAGUCCCAUCAGUGACGAGGCCUCGGGCAAAGACUUUAAGUUUGUGCUGAUAGAGAAGGAGAACACUCCUGUGAAGAAGGACACAGAACGGCUGGUCAUGACCAAAGACACAGGGAAGACAUUCUUGUCUGCUGCACCUGUUAGUGCCUCUGCUGCCUACUCUGGGGAUUCUCUACAGAGAGAGAAACAGAAGCUAGCAUCUAACACAACAGAGGAAGGAACAGAUGCUGCAGUCCUAAAAGUUGCUACCAAAGACAAAGCCACCUACGCAGAGAUCCGUAAAGAUGACUCACCCUUUAGCUUCUGCUCCUGCUGCAGCUGGUGGAAAUGGCUGCUGGGCCUUCUGCUCAGCCUGCUCCUCCUCCUCGGCCUUCUCUUUGGACUCAUUGCUUUGGCUGAAGAAGUGAAACGCCUUAAGAACCGCGUCGAUGCUCUCGAGGCCAUCACCAGCACUACCUCAGCCAGGUCCAGCCGAUUGUCAGCCUCCUCCACUGGUGUUAACAUCAUCGACCCGCUGGACUCGGCGUACAUUGACAGGAGUUCGGCUGGAUCCGCCCUGACCCCCUCCGACAAUGGGAUCUACCUGGGGGCUGCUGGGCCAGGGGGAGGCGCAGGGACAGAACCAGGACAGGACAGCGCUGCCUUGCAGAGAGCUGUUCAGCAGCUGGUCAGGGCUGAACUCCGCUCGAGUGCUCUCAGAGAAACACUUGCACACUCACUAAAAGGGGAAAGAGGAGAUCCAGGACCUAAAGGUGAUCAGGGGCUGCUGGGACAAAAAGGUGAUAGUGGAUUCCCUGGUAUGCCAGGCCUUCCUGGUCCGAUGGGUCACCCAGGAUUGGAUGGACCAAGGGGACUAAAAGGAAAUGCAGGUGAACCAGGCCCAGAGGGACCAGCAGGCCAGAGGGGCCGGGACGGACCGAUGGGCCCCCGAGGAGAGGCUGGAGCACCAGGUUUUGGAGAGAAAGGAGACAAAGGAUCUCAAGGCGAGGCAGGACAUCCUGGUCCUGCUGGCACUCCUGGACCUGUGGGGCCGAAAGGUGCCAUGGGAGAUCAAGGUGCCACAGGAAGCCCUGGUGCUCCGGGUCCAAUGGGUCUCCAAGGUGAAGCAGGAGCUCCAGGAACAAAAGGUGAUCGAGGAACACCAGGGCUGUCAGGGAUCAAAGGAGAUCAGGGAGAGAGGGGAUCACGCGGCCCAGCAGGUGAACCAGGACAACCUGGACCACAAGGCCCUGCAGGGCCAAGAGGAUCUAAAGGAACUACAGGUGACACAGGUUUGAUGGGACUUCCCGGGGUGAGAGGAUCACCUGGAAUUCCUGGAGAUGUUGGGCCCCCAGGUGAACCAGGACCACCUGGUAAAGUCAUCGCUCCAAUUGGCUCCAACACUGUGGCCAUCCCUGGACCACCAGGACCUGCUGGGCCUCCAGGUCCUGCUGGAACCCAUGGUCUCUCUGGUCCAGUGGGCCCACCUGGGAUCCCAGGACAACCCGGACCUCAGGGAGAACGAGGAGAGAAAGGAGAAAAGGGAGAUCAAGGAAAACCUGGCGAGCCUAGUAGUGUCAUAACUUCAGAAACUGUCAGUUCCACCCGAAGAGACAGACUUUCAUCAGUGGCUCCACUGCCUGGCCCACCAGGACCUCCAGGUCCUCCUGGAGCACCUGGUCCUCAAGGUCCUCCUGGUGAGGCUAAACAGGGUCCUCCAGGACGAAGAGGUCCUGUGGGAGAGCCAGGAAUUGGUUUACCUGGACCUCCAGGAGAGAAAGGAGAGCCUGGCAGCUUUGUGCCUACAUCAGAAACCUUUUUUGCUGGCCCACCAGGACCAGCAGGACCCCCAGGCCCACAGGGCUCACCAGGUGACCGAGGACUACAAGGGUACCAAGGUGAACCAGGUCAACCAGGUCUUCCAGGGAGACCAGGGGAACCAAGCACUGGUUUCCCGGGUCACCCUGGACCUAGGGGGCCUCCGGGUCUACCAGGUCCAGAGGGACCAGAAGGGCCAGAUGGGCCACCAGGCCCAGAGGGACCAGAGGGGCCAGAGGGGCCACAAGGACCUAAAGGUGAUGCAGGAAUACCUGGUGCCUUGGGAAUCCCCAGGGCCUCUAGUGGUGGCUCAUUCAGUCAUGGCGCCCCAGGACCACCUGGACCACCUGGCCCACCUGGUCCUCCAGGAAGAGAUGGAAGUGGAUCAGGAUCAACUGAUGUGAGCCAGCACAUUGCAGAGUACCUUCAGAGUGGUGGCAUCAGACAAUACCUGGCUGGACCUCCUGGACCUCCUGGGCCUCCAGGGCUUCCAGGAGCCCCAGGGGCCCUAGGGCCCGCAGGGGACAGGCUGGUAGAUGAUGUGGCCAACCGUGUUAUCAGCUACAUCCAGGCUCCAGGUAGAGAACAAGAGAGAGACAGGAUUCCUGGCCCUCCUGGUCCUCCAGGUGCACCUGGCUCCAUCUCUGUCAAUGACAUCAUCAGUCUAUUACAGCGAGAGGAUGUAAGGAGACACAUCGGUGGUACUCCCGGUCCACCAGGACCUCCUGGAGCUCCAGGCCUUGGCAGCUCCAGAUUCAAUACCCAGGAAGUAGCUGAACGUGUUCUUGCUCUCAUGAAUGAGAAGGGGGUGGUAGGUCCCCCUGGUCCCCCUGGAUCUCCUGGACUCCCUGGACUCCCUGGAAAUGUGUUAUCAACUGAGCAUCAAGCACUUGUGGGUCCUCAGGGGCCCCCUGGUUCCCCUGGUAUCCCUGGUCCACAAGGUCCACCUGGACCAGCAGGUCCCCCUGGACCAGCAGGUCCACUGAGUCCAACAGGAUUUGGGAACUACAUCACUCCAGAAAUUCAUGACUAUCUUCAGAGUGUUGCCUUUAGAGGCCUACCAGGCCUCCCUGGCCCCCCUGGCCCCCCUGGCCCUGAAGGCCCCCCUGGUCAAGUCCACGGGCUGGUUUCCUAUGCUGAGCAUGCCAACAGAGAGACGCUUAAAGCAGAACAACAGCAAUACCUUAAUGGUGACAGAGCGACAGGAGCAAUGUUUGGACUUCCUGGUGCUCCAGGCCCUCCUGGACCCCCAGGACAAAAGGGAGAGCCAGGUGUACCUGGUGCCAGGGACUGGAACCUGGAUACUAGAGACUACUCCAAUAUGGCUGUCAAAGUAACUGAUUACAUUAAAUCCCAUGGUCUGCUGCGUGAUGUUUUGAGAGACUCUCAACGUCUUGUUCAAGGACCUCCAGGGCCUCCAGGACUUCCAGGAAUGCCUGGACACAGCCAAUGGGUUAGUUCCCCGGAAAACGUUGUGGACGUGGUUGAAUACAUCAAAUCCCGUGGUGUGUUGCACGACAUCGUAAGGGAUUACAGCAGUCGUGCCUUCCAAGGACCUCCAGGACCACCCGGCCCUGCUGGCCCCCCUGGACAUACUCGGUGGUUUGGUUCCCAUGGAAACGCCACAGAUCUGUUGGAAUACAUCAGAUCUCAUGGUCUGCAACGUGACUUUGAACGUAACCACAAUGAACGAGCCGCCCAAGGACCACCGGGACCACCUGGCCCCCCAGGUCCCCCUGGAUACAGCCGAUUGUUUGGCUCCCACACAAAUGUCACUGAUCUAGUGGAAUUCAUCAGAGCACAUGGAGCCAUUGUAGGACCACCUGGGAGACCAGGACAGAAAGGGGACAUGGGAUUCGCAGGGCCAAAGGGAGAGAAAGGUGAACGAGGCCUUCCUGGUUUAGAGGGACGCAAGGGACAAAAAGGUGACAGAGGAGAAUUCACUCUGACAACUACAAGAAGGAGGAGGGACGUCGGUGUGUAAGAGCCAACUUACUGCAUACAAGGAACUUCAGGUGAAAUUCAGUUUAUGUGGAGUCCGGUGUGUAUAAAUGUGGUGAAUGUACUGUAACACACAGCAGAUGUAUUUCAUGAAUUGAACUGUUUUCACAAACGAUUUCUGAUUUUAUUUUUAUAUUUCUGAAUAUGUUUUGUCUGUGUGAAAUCAGGGAUUAUGUAUAGCUUUGAAUUAUUUGAAUGUUUGACAUACUGUAUUGAGGAGUGUCAUUCAGAGGGGUGAUAUGUUUCAUUUUGUGGGAUUGAAUGAAGAGUUGGCUUUUGCUUACCUUUUCAUGCUUGUGGGCAUUUCCUAAUUAGACGAUGUUUUGUAACUUAAAUGUUUUAUAUGCAGUUUUUUAAAAGACGUUUUAAAGGGUAAUUUCUGUAUUUUUCAACCAGGACUCUAUUUUUCUAUGUGUUUGUGCCUAAGUGACUAAUGGCAAUAACAGUUUUUAAAACUGGCCCAGCUUUGAGCAUGACUGCUGCACAUGGCAGCAGCAAAACAGGCUGUAACCACUGGGGGCAUGUUUGCACCAUCAGUUACGUCCGCUAAAAGUGCUUGUUUUUGCCACUGACAGGUUCAGAUUGUUAGUGUCUUACAACAGUUUGGCGAUGAUCCAUACAGAGGUCACCAAACCCACCAGGCUCCAUUCAAAUAAACAGCAAUUUUAUCAUCAUAAAAAAGCACUUUAUUCAAAGUCGACAGAGACAAAAUAACAAUUCCAACAAUCACCAGCUCUGAUUUGGUCGAAAUGAACCCUUAAUUCACCCAGUUAGAUGUGAGUAUGCUGGAUGUAUACAUGCUUAAGUUGCUGUUUAUUUAAAUGGAGUCUGGUGGGUUUGGCUAUGGCGAUUUUGCCGCUGUUUCUGGUUAAACAAAAAGGAUCCUACUCAUUCACAGAAAGGUCUAUCUCUGUAGGGAUCCUUUCCAUGAUGCUGCCAGACACUUUCACCAAUCUGAGCCCGUCAGUGGCAAAGAAAAACUUUUAGUGGACGUACAUUGCAGCCUGUUUCCUCGUGGCUGGCUGUAGAACUCUCACUCAAUACUGGACCACUUUCAAAAUUGUUGUUCCUAUUAGUUUUUUAGACACAAAAACACUUGGUAGAAUCACAUCAAGGACUUGAAACAACAGCAGCAGUACAGAGGAAAAA